GCAGAAUGGGGCGCCACUCUUCAGGUUCAGAGGAAGAAACCCGAUCCCGUAAAAAAAAGAAACACCGCAAACGCUCAUCUUCUAGUAGUUCAUCAGAUGGCAGAACAUACAGUCGAAAAAAGUCAGGAAAGAAAUCAAGGUCUCGAUCCAGAGAGGUAUACUCACACUCCUAUGAAAAAAGGCGCAGGCACCGCUCAAGUAGUGAAUCCUCUUAUAGCUCAAGAAGGAAACGAAGUAGAAGCAGGUCUAGGGACAGAGGAAGGAAUCGCAAGUACCAUAAAUCAAGAACAUCAAGGUCAAGAUCAAGGCACCGCCAACGCUCUCGUAGCAAAAGCAGUGAUCGAUCUAGCAGAAGGAGAUCUCGCAGUAGAUCAUAUGACAGAGAACGAGGGAAAGGCAAGCAGAAGUCAAAAAUAAGGGAGAAGGAGCGAGGAAAAGAAAAGGCGUCUACUUCCAAAACUAGUGACUUGGUGAACAUUAAAGCUGGAUUAGAACAUCUGCCUCCUGCUGAACAGGCCAAAGCAAGGCUGCAGAUGGUUCUUCAAGCUGCUGCGAAAGCGGAUGAAGCUUUGAGAGCAAAGGAAAAAAGUGAGGCGGAAGCUCGAAAAAGGAAAGAAGAAGAUCAGUCCAUAUUACUUGAUCAGGCGAAAAGAGCGAAAGAGAUCGAAGCGAUUGAAAUCGACUCAUUCGUUCCACAGAUGUUCCGAUCAAGCCGUGACACGAAAGCUUCCACUGAAAGCACCGAGACAAAACAUGAAUCUGCUAUACUAGGGUCAGGCACUAUCGAUUUGUUUGAUGACGCAAAAGAAUCCGAGAUUGGACACAUGCCUACUACUAUCAAGUAUCUGGAUGAUAACUGCCUGGCACACCCAAAUCUUUAUAUCGAGAAGGAAGAAGCAGAAGUGAAGUGGUACAAGAGAUUAACGUCUCUCCGUCAAGAACGUCUGAUGGGGAGCCCUGUAGCAUAGUAACCCCCGGAUGUGGCCUAAGCUGACCCGUGUCAUUUUGUAGUGUUGUUCUCUAAUAAAUGGUUUUCUUACA